UAAAUUUCCAUAAUCUCAUCAUUGUCCAGUCACUUCAUUUCCGCCUCCCAAAAUCUUCCAGAAUUUCACGCCUCUCUUUUCAAUUCAAUUCCUCCUUGUAUAGCCAAAUAGCCUGUGUCCCCUACCCCACCCACCCCACCCCUCUCUAGGUAUGUCAAUGACAAAGAAGAUGUAUUUAUAAAUAUACCAUGGUCAAUCGUCUUUCUUGUCUCCUUGUCAAGUCUUUAUCUCUCAAACUCUGAAAUUCUAUUCUCUCUUUAGCUCCAUUCAAUACUUUGCAUGCGAUAUCCAUACUAUUUCUCUCUAUAAAGUCAGUUCUUGAGCAUAGAAAGAAUCCCCAUCUCCACUCGCAGAAGCAAUGUGGAUGGUACAUUCUAGUGAUUACUCAUUUGAUCGGAAACUUCGGCCUCUAAUGCCGAAGUCGACGAUCACCGCUAGCAGCAGUACAGCAUUUUCUGCAAUGCCAACUCCUUGUUGCUAUUGCAUUCACCACAACCAAACUACAGUGAAUGAUGACCGCCAAUUCAGAAAUGUAGAACCUUUAGUCAUGAGUUCAAGAUGGAAUCCAACAGCAGAUCAAUUACAGGCCCUUCAAGAAAUGUAUAGACGAGGAGUAAGAAGUCCAUCAGCCCAACAAAUCCAGCAAAUUGCUGGAAACCUUCGUCAAUUUGGUAAAAUUGAAGGGAAAAAUGUGUUUUAUUGGUUUCAAAACCACAAAGCAAGAGAGAGGCAGAAAAAACGUCGUGAACAAGAGGCAUCUUUAUCUAGAAAAAGGAAGUGCGAUGUCUUUGUGAACCCUGAAAGUGAACAUUCAGAUGUGAGCAGGAGAGACAUGGAAACUAAACAUCCUAGAAAGUGGCCUAGCCCCUCAAAAUGCACUACAAUUUCAGAGGAUUCUGUAUCAAUGCAUAGAGCAGCUGUAGCAGAAUAUGGAACAGACAGGUGUAUACAGAGAGAAUUGAAGCAGAGAGUUGAAAAGAAUGAAUUCUGUCUAUUGAAAGAUUCAGAUCAAGAAAAUUCAAAGCAUUUUUUUGGCCUGAACCUCAGCAUAUCACUUCCCUUCAAGAAUGAUGAUAUGGGAAAUGAAGAAAAUUCAACUCUUGAGCUAUUUCCAGCCCUUAAUUCUAUUAAAGAGGACACUAAUUUUACAAGCAUGAAAAUCACUCCAAAUAAAUACUUUGAGUUUCUUCCUCUGAAAAAUUGAGUAUGAAGAUGAAGGUCUUUGUCAUUUAGUAGCGUAUUUACCAGACAGCAAGAUGUUUGUAGGCUUUCCUUAAUUUACAUUAUGUUUAUGUAUGUGAAAGAUUAUGAA